AUGACUGUUUCCAACGCAGCUGAUGGAAAUCCCUCGUUUCCCAGUGCUACGGAAUCAACACCACUCCUGAACGGACCGUCCCAGCCUUCAUAUACCAGCGAAGACGACACCGUUGUAGAUAAGAAUGUCGACCCAAGCCUGUCGUCGACUGCUUUCGCCCCCGAGGAGGACCCUGCCUUGCUGAGUCUCUCCAGAGUCACUUCGAUCCCCCAGGGUAUUGACGUCGAACCCAACCUCGAACAGCUGCCCUCCGCCACCACGAGCCAUAAGCAAGACCCCAGAGAUGCGGAAGAUGUCGCCCCCAAUGACCCUAUCGGCUAUGCCUCCCGCUUUAUCAAUGUCUCGCCCAUGAGGUUCUGGCUUAUCUUCACUGGUAUUCUAAUGGGUUACGUGAUUGGGUUCUUCGACGCGACCUUGAUGGCAUCCAGUCACCCCGUCAUUACCUCCUACUUCCACGCCUCAAACUCCGCGUCGUGGCUGUCGACUGCCUUCCUGUUGACAUCCACCGCUUUUCUCCCGCUGUUCGGACGCAUAUCCGACACGUUCGGAAGACGACCCGUUUAUCUUUUUGCGAUCGCGGUCUUCUUCAUCACUACCGCGUGGUGUGCUGCCGCCCAGAGUAUGGUCAGCUUCAUCGCCGCUCGCGCCUUCUGUGGCAUGGGAGCCGGCGGUGUCUUCUCCAUGGGCAUGAUUCUCUCCAGCGACCUCGUGCGCCUCGAGUAUCGCGGUGUCUAUCAGUCCUACAUCAAUCUCUGCUUAGGCGCUGGGGGCUGCCUCGGGCUGGCGCUUGGCGGGUUCCUGUGCGACCGAGUAGGGUGGAGAGGUGCGUUCCUCGUGCAACUACCCUUCAUCUUCGUUUACUUCCUAGUAGCGGUCUGGACGACCCCGGCCGAUCUGGGGAGAAAGAGAGCGAGAGCAGACCAAAUGACUCUAUCCAAGCUGAUCUCGAGCAUUGACCUCGUUGGUUCGAUUAUCCUUGUCGUGACUGUGACUGCGUUGAUAAUGGGGCUCAAUCUGGGCGGCAACGUGUUUAGCUGGUCCCACCCGAUCGUCAUUGCGUCCUUGGUCUCCUUUUUCAUCUUCGCAGUGCUCUUCGUUCGGUAUGAGCGCACUGUGGAGCGCGGUGUCAUGCCACUUUCGCUGUUGACACAGCAGCCUCGCGCGGGUCUCAUCUUUGGAAACUUCUUUGGCGCCAUCUCAAUCAACACCAUGAUCUUUAAUGCCCCCCUCUAUUUCCAGGCCGUCAAAUUAGCCAGUCCAACUGACUCUGGUCUCAAGCUGAUCAGUUCGACGCUCGCGGUGACCACCUCUAGUGUUGCGAUCGGCUUCCUCAUGACUUGGACGAAGCAGCUCAAGCCCGGAAUCGUGGUCGGAGCCGUCUUUCUGCUCUUGGGAGGCUGUACCGCUGCAUCGAUGGGCGUGGACACGCCUGAUUGGAUUGCGAUGGUUUGCAUCUCUCUGUCCAGUUUGGGCCAGGGCUGUGGCUUCCCUUCCAUCAUGGUGUCGGUUCUUGCUACUUCUGAACAGGACGACCAAGCGGUGGCCACUACCACUCUGGGCAUGUGGAGAAACCUGGGCUCGGUGAUGGGCGUGGCGACGAGCAGCUGGAUCUUCCAGAACACUCUGCUCUACCGACUCGAAGACAUGGUCACGGGACCCAACAAGGAGGACGUCAUUCUCCUUGUCCGUAAAUCGGUCCAAGCGAUCGCAAACCUGGACCCGAUGCACCAGCAGCAAGUAAUUGGAGCCUAUGCUGCGGCUCUCCGCGUGACCUUCCUCUCUGCUGCCGUCUGGGGUGGUAUCAUGCUCAUUCUGCUCCUCCGCGUCCGAGUUCCCAAACUGGGGAGCAAGGCAGAGUGA